AUGAAUUUUGAAUAUAUUACGACGAGUGUUCGGGGACCAGGUAGUGAUCCCAACGACUGGGAGCUGUUGGCUGGCUGUGAUUGUACGGGUGAAUGUUCUGCUGAGCAGAAUUGUGCCUGCUUAUUGGGUGCGGAGGACAAUUACUCGAGUGAUGGUAUUCUACUCGAAAAAGCAAGUGGAGCCCCAAUUCUGGAGUGCCAUGACGAAUGUUUAUGCGCCCAAUGUGAGCAGCCCUGUCGUAAUCGUGUCCUUCAACGAGGAGUCCAAGUGGCGUUAGAGAUUUUCGAAUGCACAGGUCACAAAGGGUAUGGUGUGCGAGCUGUACGAGAAAUCCCAAAGGGUACUUUCAUUUGUGAAUACGCUGGAGAAAUUCUGAAUAAAGACGAGGUUGAACGAAGAGCGACGUCAGCUCAUAAUCAUAAUUAUACUAUGACAAUAAGAGAACAUAGUGAAGGAGGUGUUGUAACGACAUUUGUUGAUCCUCGACAUCGAGGCAACCUUGCUCGCUUCAUUAACCACGCUUGUGAGCCGAAUCUUUCUAUAGUUAUUGUACGAAUUGGGUAUACCGUACCUCAUGUGGGAUUGUUCUCGAACAGAAUAAUUCGUGCUGGAGAAGAGAUAUGCUAUGAUUAUGGAACAUCAACAUUAUCGCUGGAAAGCGGAAAGCAGUGCCUUUGCGGUUUCCCAUCGUGUAGGAAGUUCCUUCCAAUGUCAGCUACCGCUUCGGAAUGA